UGUUCGUCCAUUUACACAAUCUCAGUCUAGAGACACUCGACGCAGCUGCCGCACGCCUCGGAACUCUGCAGUAAAACAGGAGGGGCAGGACUGGUCCCGAUUGGUCUGAAAGCAAAACUAGAUAACGACGAUUGGUUAGCUUUUCUGUCGCUGAGUAGACGCUCAGACCCCGGAAUGGUCGCAUUUUGAGCGGUGGGCGGGUUCGAGGGGGGCUUCACAUCACCCAUUUGCGCUCAAGGCGGAGUGGUGCGACACGAGGUGCGGAGUACUGCGGCAGCCGGCACCGCCGCGGAGGGAGAUAGAUCCUGAAAAGGCAGGUCUGUGCUGCGUCUCUCCUUUCGCUCUUUCCACGAGAGUCUCAGAGCGCCCAGGACCAUCCCCGCGUGAUGCUCCGCUUGAGACCGCAACAUUUCAUUUGACGUCUCACUUGCUGGGAAAGUGUCGCCUUCGGUUUCAGAGGCACCUUACUGUAUUUUGAUCGUAGAGGCUGACACCUCUCAAGCCGUGCAUCACCUGAGAGGAGAAGAGUGACUGCGCCAACAUGGGGUAUGGGCGGUCAGACAGUUACCGCGUUGCCACCACACAGGACAAAGAUGGCCGAUCCCCCACCAAGAAGAAGGGGGGCAAGGACAUGGACGAGCUCAAGAAGGAAGUCCCCAUUACGGAGCAUAAGAUGUCCGUGGAAGAAGUGUGCAGGAAAUACCAGACCGACAUUGUCCAGGGCUUAACCAACUCGAGGGCCGCUGAGUUUCUGAAGAGAGACGGUCCCAACGCCCUGACCCCCCCUCCCACCACCCCCGAGUGGGUCAAGUUCUGUCGUCAGCUCUUUGGAGGUUUCUCCAUCCUGCUGUGGACCGGAGCCAUCCUCUGCUUCCUGGCCUACGCCAUCCAGGCCGCCACCGAGGACGAGCCGGCCGGAGACAACUUGUACCUCGGUAUCGUGCUGACGGCUGUAGUCAUCAUCACCGGUUGUUUCUCUUAUUUCCAAGAAGCCAAAAGCUCCAAGAUCAUGGAGUCGUUUAAGAACAUGGUGCCCCAGCAAGCGUUGGUGAUCCGUGAGGGAGAGAAAGUGCAGAUUAACGCUGAGGAGGUGGUGGCUGGAGACCUGAUCGAAGUGAAAGGAGGAGACAGGAUCCCAGCCGACAUCAGGGUGGUCUCUGCUCAUGGAUGCAAGGUCGACAACUCCUCCCUCACCGGAGAGUCCGAGCCCCAGAACAGGUCACCCGACUGCACCCACGACAACCCACUGGAAACCCGGAAUGUCGCUUUCUUUUCUACAAACUGUGUGGAAGGCACUGCUCGUGGUAUUGUGAUCUGCACCGGCGACCGCACGGUUAUGGGGCGCAUUGCCACGCUGACGUCGGGUUUGGAGACGGGCAAAACCCCCAUCGCCAAGGAGAUCGAGCACUUCAUCCACAUCAUCACGGGCGUGGCAGUGUUCCUGGGAGUCACCUUCUUCAUCCUGGCCAUCAUCCUGGGCUACACCUGGCUCGAGGCCGUCAUCUUCCUCAUCGGGAUCAUUGUGGCUAAUGUGCCCGAGGGACUGCUGGCCACUGUCACUGUGUGUCUGACCCUGACGGCCAAGCGCAUGGCCAAGAAGAACUGUCUGGUGAAGAACCUGGAGGCUGUGGAGACCCUGGGUUCCACUUCAACGAUCUGCUCCGACAAGACAGGAACCCUGACCCAGAACCGCAUGACUGUGGCUCACAUGUGGUUUGACAACCAGAUCCACGAGGCAGACACCACCGAGGAUCAGUCUGGUGCUUCGUUCGAUAAGUCGUCGAUCACAUGGCAGGCGUUGUCGCGCGUGGCCGGUCUGUGUAACCGCGCUCAGUUUAAGGCGGGACAGGACUCCAUCGCCAUCCUGAAGAGGGACGUGGCAGGAGACGCCUCCGAGUCGGCCCUGCUCAAAUGCAUCGAGCUCUCGUGUGGAUCAGUCAGACAGAUGAGAGACAGGAACAAGAAAGUGGCCGAGAUCCCGUUCAACUCCACCAACAAAUACCAGCUCUCAGUGCACGAGACAGAAGACCCCAAUGAUAACCGCUACCUGCUGGUGAUGAAGGGGGCUCCGGAGAGGAUCCUGGAACGCUGCUCCACCAUCAUGAUCCAGGGCAAAGAGCAGCCCAUGGAUGAGGAGUUGAAGGACUCUUUCCAGAACGCGUACAUGGAGCUGGGAGGACUGGGAGAGAGAGUGUUGGGUUUCUGCCAUCUGCUGCUGCCUGAGGACCAGUAUCCAAAGGGCUUUGCCUUCGACACAGAUGAUGUGAACUUCCAGACAGAGAACCUUUGCUUCGUGGGUCUCAUGUCCAUGAUCGACCCCCCCAGAGCCGCGGUGCCCGACGCUGUGGGCAAGUGCAGAUCCGCUGGUAUCAAGGUUAUCAUGGUGACUGGAGACCACCCGAUCACAGCUAAGGCCAUUGCCAAAGGUGUGGGCAUCAUCUCCGAAGGAAACGAGACCGUGGAAGACAUCGCACUUCGUCUAAAUAUUCCCGUCAGCCAAGUCAACCCCAGAGACGCCAAAGCCUGUGUGAUCCACGGCACGGACCUGAAGGAGCUUUCGCAGGACCAAAUGGACGACAUCCUGAGGAACCACACGGAGAUUGUUUUUGCCAGAACUUCUCCACAGCAGAAGCUCAUCAUCGUGGAAGGAUGCCAGAGACAGGGAGCCAUCGUAGCUGUGACCGGGGACGGUGUGAACGACUCUCCCGCUCUGAAAAAGGCUGAUAUCGGCGUUGCCAUGGGGAUCUCGGGCUCAGACGUGUCUAAACAGGCGGCGGACAUGAUCUUACUGGAUGACAACUUCGCCUCUAUUGUGACUGGAGUGGAGGAAGGGCGUCUGAUCUUUGAUAACCUGAAGAAGUCCAUCGCCUACACUCUCACCAGUAACAUCCCCGAGAUCACUCCCUUUUUGUUCUUCAUCAUCGUCAACAUCCCUCUGCCUCUGGGAACCAUCACCAUCCUGUGUAUCGACCUGGGCACGGACAUGGUCCCUGCCAUCUCCUUGGCCUACGAGGCGGCAGAGAGCGACAUCAUGAAGAGGCAGCCCAGGAACCCCUUCAGGGACAAGUUGGUGAACGAGAGGCUCAUCAGCAUUGCCUACGGACAAAUCGGGAUGAUCCAGGCUCUGGGUGGGUUCUUCACAUAUUUUGUCAUCCUGGCGGAGAACGGUUUCCUGCCCUCUCAGUUAGUGGGCAUCAGACUGAACUGGGACGACCGCGCAUGCAAUGAUUUAGAAGACAGCUACGGACAGCAGUGGACUUAUGAACAGAGGAAGAUCGUGGAGUUCACCUGUCACACGGCGUUCUUCGUCAGUAUCGUGGUGGUGCAGUGGGCCGACGUCAUCAUCUGUAAGACCAGACGUAACUCUGUGUUCCAGCAGGGCAUGAAGAACAAGAUCCUGAUCUUCGGCCUGUUCGAGGAGACAGCUCUGGCUGCGUUCCUGUCCUACUGCCCCGGGAUGGACGUGGCCCUCAGGAUGUACCCUCUCAAACCAACGUGGUGGUUCUGCGCAUUCCCAUACAGCUUCCUCAUCUUUGUUUAUGAUGAAAUCCGAAAACUGCUCAUUCGCCGCAACCCUGGAGGUUGGGUGGAGCGGGAGACGUACUAUUGAUGGAAAUGCCCCGUUUUACGCUCCCAAAACCUUCCUCCUCGUUCCUUAAGCCAUUUCAUCUCAGCAAGAUCUCAUUUUCGGACACCCCUUAUAAGGACUACGACGCUUUUACGCAAUUUUCAUCACAACUGCCCAAAGAUUCAAACUGCAAAAAGUCCUUUACAACUUUCUACAUGGCCCCUCCCCCCCUUCCUCUUCCCCUUCCUUCCUUCUCUCUUUUCCUCUUCUGUCUUACCCUUCAUCUUCUAUAAUACUCUUUGCAUGUGUACAUAAAACAAUAUAUAUUUACCAAGAGGCAGCUGCAUAACGUGUAAGUUUGACUGAGCUAAGGAAACAAAGAGAGGGUCAUAUGCUCUGCAACGAGACCCCCCCGAAGCCCCACCCCCUCUCACCCGAUCGCCCGAAAACCCCGAUCACCUUCCUCCCAUAGCCAUCUUUUAUCGUCCGGAUCGAACUUUCACUCGGACCGACCGCACACACACGUACACGAGAAACACUGCCCGGAAAAUCAAACCAUCGACUUGAGUUAAAAUCGCUUUGAAUUCUGAAUUUAAACUUGAUUUGAGAAAUUUGGACAAGAUUAACAUUUUUUAUUUAUGUAUUUCUGAUUUGUUUCGAUGUGUUUUUUCUCUGUGGGUGAAGUCAUAUUUUUAUGACUUGCGUGAAAAAUUGCAACACCGCUGACGAAAAUACGCUGAAAUCGAAAAGUAACCGAAACGAAAUGACUGUUCUGGAUUCUCAAGCCGUUUUAACUCCUUCGUUUUUGCCGUGUUCGUCCCUCCAUCCGUCGGAAACCACAGUAUUAUUUGUUCAGAUGUGUUCUGGGGGCGGGGUUUAAUCAUUUUCAUCUUCUUUAAAGGAGGGGCACGAGUGUGUGUGAGCGCUGCUUUAAACCGCGUAGGCCCGACAAAGCACACCCAACAUGGCGUACCAUCCCACAAUGUACAAAAACGAACCAUCUAGUCUCGGUUAAAAUGGCUCAGAAUAAUCGAGUAAUCGUGAGAAAAACGUUUAAGAUCACGAUUUAUGUUUUGACGAUGCAGAAGUAUGGUUAAAAACAUGAAAAUUUUAAAGAAACGCUGCAAAAAGAGAGAAUAAAAUGACAAAUAAUACAAACUUGCAACGUAAUUUUCCAUAUAAAAUCAAAUUUAACUUUUUUGCUUUGAGUGAAUUUUAAAGAAAAAAAAUUUAGAUUAAAAUUAGAAUUAAUACAAACUUGGAGCGUAAUGUUCCGUAUAAGAACAAAUUUAACCUUUUUGCUUUGAGUGAACCUAUAUACAAGUAUAAUUUAGCGCAUUUCUGAUAAAUUUUCAAAAUAAACUUAAGAUAUUUUUAUGAAGGCAAGCCAAAAACAUAUUAAUAUUGUAAUUUUCAUGAGAUUUUCAUACACAAUUGGCUGUUAAUUUGACUUAAAGAAUUAAAAAAGGUCAAAUUAUCAUUGCUCUACCAACUAAAUUAAACGUCUCCGUAAAAAUCUGCUGGAAUAAUUCUGAGUUUAAGCCGUUUUAAAUCGAUCUAGAUGUUGUUUCUUUGCAGUGCAGCCGCCUUCUCCUCUUCUCCUCUCUCUCUCUCUCUUCCACUCCUUUCCUGCCCCGUUUGUGUGCUGUGUGAACCGUCCUCGAUAAUACUUAAACAAACCAUUCUUUCUGUGUGCUCUAGAAAAUAUAUAAUUCAGUAAUAUGAACUUUAAACGACUACAAUCACAUCUUCAUGAAAUGACAAUGCAAUGCAAGACAAGUACUGUAUUUGUUCGGUUUCCAGUCACUUUCGCUUCUCAAUAAAAGCAGGGUUGAAGCUUUCAGGUUCUGUGUGCUUGGUUCUGGUGUCGCAGUGUGCCGUGGUGAGUCAGUGGGGCUGUGCGUGCAUGUGUGUGGGAGACCGGUGAGCGGCCAGUAAUCUCAGGCUAUAAAGUUUAGGGCGGAUUCAAGAUGGCUAAACCAAUGGGAAACGAAUAUAAGAGAAUAAAACGAGACCACGCAUCAAGUAGAGCAAGUGUGUCAAACUAAUGAAAUCGACUCAAUAAAACAUCUAGAACAUUUAAUACAAA